AAGGGGAGAUUUCAGAAGAACGUCAGAUCUUUUUUCCUUGCUCUCGUGGAUAGGCAUUUCGAAAAUGUCUGAACCCACUGUUGCUGACACGCGCCGUUUAAAUAGCAAACCCCAAGAUCUUACCGAUGCGUAUGGACCCCCUAGCAACUUUCUUGAAAUUGAUGUCUAUGAUCCGCAGACUGUUGGAGUAGGCCGGAACCGUUUCACCACUUAUGAAGUACGAAUGCGGACAAACCUGCCCAUCUUCAAAACGAAGGACACUUGCGUCCGGAGGCGAUACAGUGACUUUGAGUGGUUGAAGAAUGAGCUUGAGAGAGAUAGCAAGAUCGUUGUGCCCCCUUUACCUGGCAAAGCCCUCAAAAGGCAAUUGCCCUUCAGGGGAGAUGAAGGCAUCUUUGAAGAUGCCUUCAUUGAGGAGCGGAGAGUUGGCCUGGAGCAGUUCAUUAAUAGAAUUGCUGGUCACCCCUUGGCCCAGAAUGAACGCUGCCUUCAUAUGUUUCUGCAAGAUGAGAGCAUUGACCGAAACUACAUUCCUGGAAAAUUUUAAUCAGCCAUGUUGAUGUGGGGACAUGAAGAAACACCGUCCAGCCUCGAGUCACAGUGAUGCACAAAGCUGUGUUUCAACAGCACCCCACUCCACUACAGACCCUACUUCCUACUUCUUCAUUUGUAAAUAUGUAAAUACAUUCCCAAGUCUGAGGACACUACUGAAGUCAUUAAUUUAUUAAAGUCCCGACUCUCCAAAGAAUUCAUUGCGCAUGUUGCACAGAUACAAUGUGCAGUUAUUGGACACAAAUGCAUUAGACGUAAUGUGUUUGAUUUCAUGUGCUUUCUUUUUCUCCUGAUGGUGAAAUGCACAUAUAUUAUAACCCAUGAAAAUAAUAACAGGAAUCAUAACAAAAGUAUUACAUUGCUGUUAUUCCUUGGAUGAAUUUCUAGACAGAUUGUUAAUGCUACCUCAAUUAGAAUGUCUGAUUCAAACCUGGCCAAUACAUGAUCAAGUCUGUGAUCUUUUUGUAUUUUUACUUUUAGCUUGAGAAUUAUGUUGGAAAACAUGUCACUAAGAUGCAGUUAUUCACGAUUAAAGGUUUUUAAUAGGCUA